AUGAAGCUUCUCCUGGCAACCCAGCUGUUGCUAUGCUGGCUAGCUGUCGCCGCCGCGAAGCAGCCCAACAUCCUAUUCAUCUUGACGGACGACCAAGGCAAAUUUGUGGGAGGCCUAGAACAUAUGCCCAAGCUUCAGGAACUCCUAGUCCAAAAAGGAACUAGCUAUCCCAAGCACUUCUGCUCCGUCGCGAUCUGCUGUCCAUCGCGCGCAAAUCUCUGGACUGGACGCAUGCCACAUAACACUAACGUAACCGAUGUCAAUCCACCAUAUGGUGGAUACCCCAAAGUGGUGGAUGCCGGCUGGAACGACAACUACCUGCCCCUAUGGAUGCAGGACGCCGGAUACAACACGUACUACGUGGGCAAGUUGUGGAAUGCACAGACAGAAGAGAACUACAACAAGCCUCAUCCCAGAGGAUUCAACGGAUCCGAAUUCCUGCUGGACCCAUGGACAUAUCGCUAUUACCUUGCGCGGAUGUCGCGCAACGGCGGCCCCCCGAGAAAUACGACGGACAAUAUUCAACCGACGUCAUUGCUACCGUGGAUGCUGACCGUGGCCCCGAAUGCACCGCAUGCUAAUGGCUCAGCCGAAAACGGUGUCCACUGGUUUGGGGAGCCUGAAUAUGCGCAUCGCCAUGCGGAUCUAUUCAAGGAUUACAAAAUUCCGCGCGACGAAAGCUUCAACAAGCUGAUUGAUGGCGCGGUCAGUUGGGUUGGCAGUAUUCCUGAAUUGAACCAGACUGUCGUUGAUUACAUCGAUGAGUUCCAGCGCUGCCGGCUUCGUGCACUGCAGGCCGUUGAUGACUUGAUUGAGAAACUGGUCACCAAGCUCGAGAAGGCAGGCGAAUUGGAUAACACCUACAUCUUCUAUUCGACGGACAAUGGGUAUCAUUUGGGUCAGCAUCGUAUGCAGCCGGGCAAGAACUGUGGAUAUGAUACUGAUAUCCACAUCCCUCUUAUCGUGCGGGGACCUGGCAUCCCUGAAAACGAGACCCUUGACGUGGUUACCAGCCACACAGAUCUGGCACCGACAUUCCUCUCCAUUGCUGACUCUACCCAACCUGGGCUGGAUGGCAAGAAGAUUCCGACGACAGUCGCGAGCAGCCAAGCACAAAACAAGACCGAGCAUGUUGCUAUUGAGUACUGGGGUCUGGCUGUACCCGAAGGAGUCUAUGGAUAUGCCAGUGAUAGGCUCGGUGAUGCUGGCAACGCCUACAAGAACAACACAUACAAGGGUAUCCGACUGGUCGCAGACGACUACAGUCUCUAUUAUUCAGUGUGGUGUACAAAUGAGAAAGAGUUCUACAACUUGAAGGACGACCCAGCCCAAACGGUCAACCUGGCCGCUCACCCAGCCAAACACAACAAGUAUCGCAUUGCCGACCGCGAGUUGCCGCAGAUCAUGAAUCGACUUGACGCACUAAUGAUGGUGCUCAAGUCGUGUGAAGGGAACUCCUGCCGAUAUCCAUGGCACCAGCUGCAUCCUGGCGGGAAAGUCGACACCCUUGCGAAAGCACUCCAUUCUUCGUAUGAUAACUUCUAUGAGAAGCAGCCCAAGGUCACGUUCUCCAAAUGUGAGAUUGGAUAUAUUGUUAAGGAGGAAGGAGCCCAGCGGUUUGAUGUGUAUGGACACACGGGGAGUGGGAAGAGGGCUUGGGCUUGGGCUGAUGCAUUCUGGGGAUGGUAG